GUGAGUCUCUCUCUGAAACCCAACUCACCGUUACCUUCCCAGAUUUUUUCCUGUUCAGUUGUACAAAUUCUUUUAGGUGUUUCUUUUUCCAGUGCUAAAAAUGUCGAAGAAGAAGCAAAAUCAGAGAAGUCAGAUGGACGCCGCCAAAGAACACCGAUUCAGCAUAAGGAAUAUUAUGAAAGAUAUUGAGUUUCUGGGAUCCUCACAUAUGACAUGGAAGGAGAGGAAAGAGAUGGAGAAUAGGAAGGUGGUUUCUUUGGGUGGAAAGCCACCAAAAAAGCAGAGACUACCCUUGAGUGUAGCUAGGGUGGUCAUGAAGAAACAGAAGGAAAGAGAAGAGAAAAUGCUAAAAGAGAAUAUGAUUCUUGGUCGAUUUGGAGGAAAGCUUGGUGGUGGUGCUAAAAGAUCAGCUGACAAGCGGAGGCCUGAGGACAGGGUUCUGAAGUCAAGUGAAGGUCAUUUUAAAAAUGGCGUGCUUGAUGUGAAACAUUUGUUUCAGAAGGCUCCUGCUAAAGAUAACGACUUUGAUGGACAUGUGGUCAAUAAAGGGCAAAAGAAAAAGGGUAGUGGUAAAAAGAACCGUGGAAAGAAGAAAGGCGGCGCUGGUGGUGGGAGGAAGCGCCGUUGAAUGAAACAUCUAAUCUAAAAGUAGGUUCACCCCCCUUGGGCAAUGCCAGUUUUCGAUCUCUAAGGCUGAUAGAAUUGUAAGCUCUUUCAGUUUCAAACCCUCGAGUAUGCAGAUAGCACAUCUACACAGCUGCUUGAGAAAUAUUGGGAGACUCAUGAUUUGCUUGCAUAAUUUGUUCACAAACAAGUGUUGGUUGUUAUGCAUAUGAAAUCUUUCAUUCUCCCCUUUUAUGUUUGUCCUUUGUUCCCUCUUAUAAGUAUUAAGAGGGUAAGAAAAUGCUCAAAAUUUGCAAAUUUCAUAUUCAUCUCCUGUGGAAAUUAUAUGAACUUGUGUUUAUUCAAAAACUUUCAUUCCAAUGUAAAAGGUUUCAAGGCUUAAAUUCCAUGAUAUAUGUUUCUCAGUAAUGAUUUAGAAAUUUUAUGAAA